AUGGUCAAAACAACAGGAAGUACCGUGAAUAUCAUGAAAACACUUCUGAUCACUACAACUGCUAUACCUACAAUAACCACACCUACUUUCACUAAAAUUUUCAUACCUAUUACUAAGACCGUUACUGUACAGUCCUGUACCGUAACCGGUAUAGUUAUUGCAACAGCUGCUAGACCUACUACCGUAACUGUCACACCUAAUGCCGCAAUUGUCACAUGCAGUGCUAUAAUAGCUGAACCAUCCACUACAGCUGCAAUAUUUCCAACUACCAUACCUAAUUCUACUACAUCUGCUACUGUAGUCAUGGCUGUUGAUGUACUUACUACUACAGCAGCUGCUACCUUCAUUACCAGAACCACUGCAGCAGCUAUACUUACCACAGCGAUUGCUACAAUUGCUGCCAGAACUACCGCAGAUUCUAUGCUUAUUUGUUGUGAAGUACCUAUCGUUGAUACAGUUGCUAUACCUACCACCGUAGCCGCCAAACCUACUACCGUAGCUGCUGUACCUACCAGCGUAGCUAGCAAACCUAUUCCUACAACUACUGCCAAACCAACUCUCGCAGCUACAGUACCUACCACCGUAGCCGCCAAACCUACCACCGUAUCUGCUGUACCUACCAGCGUAGCUAGCAAACCUAUUCCUACAACUACUGCCAAACCAAUUCCCGCAGCUACCGCCAAACCAACUCUCGCAGCUACAGUACCUACCACCGUAGCUGCCAAACCUACUACCGCAGCUGCUGUACCUACCAGCGUAGCUAGUAAACCUAUUCCUGCAACUACUGCCAAGCCAAUUCCUGCAGCUACCGCCAAACCAACUCUCGCAGCUACAGUACCCACCACCGUAGCUGCUAAACCUACUUCCGCAGCUGCUGUACCUACCACCGUAACCGCUAAACCUGCCAAAUCUGCUACUACAGCUGCUAUACCUAUUACUGCUUCUACUUUACCCUUUGCCAAAACCUCAGCUCUCACUGUCAAAGCUGUUACCGUCGCUGUUACGGUUACUCGUCCUGCGGUACCACAAACAACGAGUUAG